CUCCAGCUUCCCUGUACACUGGGGGAGACAUCAGCAAGCUCUUCACUUCUUUUUUUAUAAGGAAGAACCUUGAAAUGAUGAUGAGGGCCCAGAGCUGCAUAUUGGUGUCUUUAUUGGUUCUCUUGGAGGUUCUGUGUUCUCAGGUUGAUGGCAGCAAUCCAGGAAUGGUGGCCAGGAUCACCCAAAAGGGUCUGAAUUAUGCUGGUGUUGAGGGAGUGAAAACCUUGGAAAAAGAAUUGUUGAUGAUCACUCUGCCUGAUUUUAAAGGGGAUUUUAAGAUUAAAGCACUUGGACGCGGGGAGUAUAAUUUCAAGAGCCUUAGGAUACAACGUGUUGAACUGAAGAACACCAAACUGAAUCUGGUGCCUGGUGAAGGUCUAAAGGCCUCUGUCUCCAAUUCUUUUAUCCAUGUAGAUGGAGAUUGGAAAGCACGCAAGUCUUUUGUGAAAGUAAGUGGUUCCUUCGAUCUGCAAGUUAAAGGUAUUUCCAUUUCGGUAUCUCUGGCAUUGAGCAGUGAUAGUUCUGGGAGACCCACAGUCACCAACAAACAAUGUAGCAGCCACAUUGCGGAUGUUGAUCUUGACAUUUCUGGGAAAAUUGGGUGGCUGCUGAACCUCUUCCAAAACCAUAUCGAGUCCAAAUUCAGAAGAAUCUUGGAAGAUAAGAUCUGCGAGAUAGUCAAGAAGUCCGUUGCUUCAGACCUUCAACCCUAUCUUCAGACUCUCCCAGUCAUUGCCAAGAUUGACCAAAUUGCCGGCAUGGAUUAUUCCCUGACUGGGCCGCCCCAGGCCUCAUCCCACAGCUUGGACACCCUCUUUAAGGGAGAGUUUUUCAGGCAAAGUCAUCGAUCCUCUGUUCCCUUUGUACCUGCUGCCAUGAAUCUCCCUGAAGACCAUGAUCUCAUGGUUUACUUUGGAAUUUCUGAUAGCGUCUUCAAUACAGCCAGCCAAGUUUAUUGGGAGGCAGGCACCAUGAAUUAUACCAUCACAGAUGACAUGAUUCCUUCGAAUUUUCACAUCCGACUGGUCACCUCUUCCUUCCGAGCUCUGAUCCCUCAGUUGGGCAAGCUGUAUCCCAAUAUGCAAAUGGAACUUCAGAUAUCGUCUCCUUCACCUCCCGUCAUGGUCUUCAGUCAAGGGAAUGUGACUCUCACACCAGAAAUGGAGCUCCAGGCCUUUGUCAUUCUACCCAGUUCCCUCCGGGUGCCUUUAUUCCUGCUCAGUAUGACAACCACUGUCUGGGCCACCAUGGAUGUGAAUGCCAGCAGACUUGUCUCCUCUGUGAAUCCAGGAAGUCCAUUGACCAUGAAACUAAUACACUCAGACAUCGGUCCAAUCAAUGUGCCCUUAAUCCAGGCUAUCCUGAAUUAUUAUGCUCUGAGCACCUUGUUACCUGCUGUCAAUGAAAAUCUGGAGAUAGGUUUUCCUCUCCCUGUGCCGAGAAAUAUUCACCUGUAUGACAUUAUUGUUCAACCUUAUCAGAACUUUCUGCUUUUGGGAUCCAAUGUCCAGUACAUUAAAAACUGAAGAGGAAGAGAACUGACAGGAGUCAUAGCUGGAUAUGGAAAGAUUGCUCUUCUGCAGGAAAGGCUUCAUUUCUGAUGGAGAAUUAAACACUGUAGCUGGGCUCUUUCUCCCAUGGUCUGGAUCUCUCUGGUUCUGUUCUAUGACAUGGAUCUGCUGAAGAUAAGUGUGUCACUGUGGGACUCAGCCUGCGGAUUCCAAGUUCUGGUUCCUUGUGGUACUGCCAUGCCCUUCUCUGUAUAAAUUAGCUUUUUCAGUGACACCCAUUGCUCUCCAGGACAGCAGGCUUCUCCUGGAGUUUGUAUACUGUUGUUUGCAUUUUGGUUCCAUUCCUCUCUCUGCCCCCAGUUCCAUGUACUCUUCCUUUUUCCAUGUGGAUAUCCAAUAAAUCUUUCCCCACUCCCAAAUGACUCAAUAAAAAAACUGAAUGACUGUA